AAAUUCAAUUAAACUAAAAAGCAUGCAAAGUAUAAAACUCGACAUAAAACCUGUGUAAAAUAAAAUAAAACUAAACAUUGAAAAAAAUUUAAAAUAAGAAUCUUAUAAUUCAUUUUUUAAACAGUUACAAUAUUUAACAAUAUAUACUUAUUACUCUAUAUAUAAUUUUGGUGUUUGUUUUUGUUGCCUAUUGUUUCAUUUUGUUGAUAACUUCGAAAUUUUUGUUUUUUAUUGUUUCUUUAUGUUUCCUGUGCUUGGUUUACAUUCAUAAAUUCAAAUUUAUUAUUUUUGAUGAUUUAAUUUAAAUCUAUAUUUUUUUAACUUCAAAGAAGUAGCAAAGAUAAAUAAAAAACUAAAUAAACAACAAAAAUCAAGAUCCACAAUAAAACAAGAAUAAGCAACAAAAAGCAACACGAUGCAACAAAAAACAACACAUUCAAUACAACAAAAAGAAACAAAAAUCAAUAUAUUAAAGUUCAGUAAUUCAAUCUAAUAUUCCAAUGUAUUACAUAGAUCUAUUACUCCUAGGGAUAGGGGACCUAAGUAAUCUGUGUUGCAGGCCAAAAUUCUAAGCGAGCAAAAUAUUUCUAGGAUAAUGUGACACCAUUAAACAAUGAUGUUACUUUCAAGUGCAUAGAGUAAAACAUGGUUAAAGUUUGCCAAGAAUUGAAUCUAAGUUAUGUAGUGAACAUGAAGUUGCAGAAACUAAUUCCUUGUUUGAAACCCUGGAGAUGUGUGUUGAGAUCCAUCCAACUGUUAGACCCAAGACCAUGAUCAGUUGAUCUAAAUUUCCAGCUUGUAGUGAAUGAACACCAAAUAAAUCCAAUCCACUUUUUAGGCCAUACCCAACAACUGUGAGUCCAAGUCCAGUUAAUUAAAAGAACAUCCUUUCUUGUGUAUCCAAUAGGUGUCUUAUCUUGUUUAGGGGAUUUAUCAUUGCUGCUAUUCAAAUCUAAAUUGCACUCUGGUACUAGUAUAUUUGAUUCCUUUGAAGUGGAGUAUGAUCUACUCAUCACAAGUGUGGAAGUUCCAGUUUUAGGAAGUCUGCAGGAGGUAUUUUCUAGUUUCCUUCAACGGAAGAACAUGUAGACUGUAGACCCCACACAGAAACCACCCUGAUUUUGCAUAUAAGGCUACUAUAGGCGCCUGCUUAUGCAAUGGAAGCCAUUUCAGCAAGCUUUACUUAUCUGUAAAUUGAAAUAGUUCUAGCUCCGCGGACAAUGCCCUGAUUGAGUGGCUGAAAGUCUCAAUACCAAUAAAUAUGAUUUUCCAGAAAAAGAUAUUAAAAGAGAAAAGAAAUUUGAAUAAGACUAAAAGUUUAAAAUCAAAAAUUCAAAGAAAUUCCGGUCAGUGAGAAAAGCUAUCGCUACAUUUGGAAAUAUCAGAUAAAGUUGAAUCUAAGAAGACAAAUAUGAUUGUUGAGUUUAAUCCAAUACGAUAUAGUAAAUAUAGAUUUGGUAUGAACAUUUUGUUUUUACGUGGAAACCUGGAAAGGAAGAAAACUAAGGGACUGUUUAGCCUAAUGUCCGAGCCCUCUCAUUUUAUUAAUGCUCUCCUCACCAUUACAAUGUACAAGCUUCCAUUAAUGGAGUAUAAACUAGCUAAAGAGAGAGAGAGGAGAAAAAGGGAUCAAAGAGGGAUCCUUAAUAAGGAGGGGAGUCCUCUUAUUUAUAGAGGAGAGGGGGAGGGGUGCUCCACCCUAAUGGGCCAAGCGGUCAGAUGGGCCCGUUGGGCCAAGGUGGGCCAGAUGGCCAAAAAUGGGCCGAGACGGGCCUCACUGAUUGGGCUCCGUACCAAAUAAUGUCACGGGCUCCUGUACAGUGGUAGGUCGGGGUAAUAUAUCUCAACACAAGUCCCCCAAUUUCUUGAGUAGCAAGCGUGUGAAUCUGCUCGAGAAAGUAUAUUCUUGCCCGCGCUCUUCUUUUCUCUUCCUUGGACCUGAGUCUUCAAGCAAUCCUACUGCAUGGGUGGGUGUCUGCCCCUCUGAAUAUAAUCUGCCGGUAAGGCGCUCCCCCUUUCGACUGGAUCGGGCAAGCGACGCUCUUCCACGGAUCCUCUCCCCCUGAAUGUAUGAGGCGGGAGUAAAGGACUACAAUCUGGGUUUGCUACCCGAGGACCUUAAGAGGCCCGAACCAAGCUGCCUCGAAAAAUAUGGAUAAGACAAACACAAUGCAGGUGUGUAUGUAUGAAAAUAUGAGAUGUGAUGCAUGCAUGUGUGAAUGCAUGUAAUGUAUGAGUGCAAUGUAUGAAGGAGGGUGCAUCAGGCAUGAUAUACUGUGACGGGUCCCAUCCUAGAAAGGAGUAGUGAUCCCAAACAUGAACAUGACACGAUGGCGCUUAGGGGCCGGUCGUGCUGCAUAAGACGGUGGUCACCAUCCUGGACUGAAUGGACGAGCUGACCGUAAACUGGACACAAUGGCGCUGAGGGGCCGAUCGUGCUGCAUAAGACGGUGGUCGCCACCCUAGAAGGAAUGUACGAACCGACCGUGAACUGGACACGAUGGCACUGAGGGGCCAAUCGUGCUGCAUGAGACGGUGGUCGCCAUCCUGGAAGGAAUGGACGAGUCGACCGUAAACUGGACACGAUGGUGCUGAUGGGCCGAUCGUGCUGCAUAAGAUGGUGGUCGUCAUCCAAGAAGGUAUGGACGAGCCGACCGUGAACUGGAUAUGAUGGCGCUGAGGGGCCGAUCGUACUGCAUAAGACGGUGGUCGCCAUCCGAGAAGGUAUGGAUGAGCCGAUCCGUGAACGGGAUACGAUGGCACUGAGGGGCCGAUCGUACUGCAUAAGAUAGUGGUCCUCAUCUGCUCGUCGUAUCUGCCCUUUAGCCCGGUCCUUUGGAUCCUGAGCUUUCAGUUAGAUCUCCGGAUUUGGUGAGGAACAGCUUUUUCCCCUUCAGGGAUUUCUCUUCUUCCUUGUGUGAUCCUUCUUGGGAUUCUUUUGUUUGAUCCUUGUUGGGAUUCUUUUAUUUCUUUGUUUCAUCAUCCGCUCGUCGUACCCGCUCUUUUAGCCUGGUCCUUUGGAUUUUGAGCCGAGCGUAGCCAACGUAGUCAGUGACGAACGACAUUCUCUUCUUCCUUGUUUGAUCCUUCUUGGGAUUCUUUUAUUUGAUCCUUCUUGGGAUUCUUUGAUUUGAUCCUUCUUGGGAUUCUUUUAUUUCUUCGUUUCAUCAUCCGCUCGUCGUACCCGCUCGUUUAGCCCGAUCCUUUGGAUCCUGAGCCGAGCGUAGCCAACGUAGUCAGUGACGAACGGCCUUCUCUUCUUCCUUUUUUUAUCCUUCUUGAGAUUCUUUUAUUUGAUCCUUCUUGGGAUUUUUUUAUUUCUUCGUUUCAUCAUCCGCUCGACGUACCCGCUCGUUUAGCCUGGUCCUAUGGAUCCUGAGCCGAGCGUAGCCAACGUAGUUAGUGACGAACGACCUUCUUUGCUUCCUUGUUUGAUCCUUCUUGGGAUUCUUUUAUUUGAUUAUUCUUGGGAUUCUAUUAUUUCUUCGUUUCAUCAUCCGCUCGUCGCACCCGUUCGUUUAGCUCGGUCCAUUGGAUCCUUAGCCGAGCGUAGCCAACGUAGUCGGUGAAGAAUGGCCUUCUCUUCUUCCUUGUUUGAUCCUUCUUUGGAUUCUUUUAUUUUAUCCUUCUUGGGAUUCUUUUAUUGGAAGAACUAUCAAAUAAGCCCUCGAACUUUCAUAAAAAGUGCAAAUAAGCCCUUUUAUAGGAGGUUCUGUCCGGCCGUCGCAAUUUGGAUUGGUUUCCGGUGUACUUUUUUGAUGAAAUGUUUUGAGCAUCUUUUUCACUAAGUCUAAUUUACUCAUACCAAAAUUCAGAUAAAAAUUCAAUCGGAAAAGCAGUCAAAUGAAUUUUUGAAGAUAACUGCGCAGUUAGGCAGCGCAGUAUAUUUCAGAAAAUCAUUUGACUGCCUUCUCGAUUGAAUUUUUAGCUGAAAUUUAGUAUGGGAAAACUAGACUUAAUGAAUAAGAUGCUCAAAAAAGUUCAUCAAAAUAUUUCACCGGAAACCGCCCCAAAUGGCAACAGCCGUACAAAGCCUUCUGUAAAAGGGCUUAUUUGCAUUUUUUAUGAAAGUUCGAGGGCUUAUUUAAUAGUUCUCCCUUCUUUUAUUUGAUCCUUCUUGGGAUUCUUUUGUUUUGUUCAUCAUCCGAUCGUCGUACCCGCUCGUUUUGCUUGGUCCUUUGGAUCCUGAGCCGAGCGUAGCCAACGUAGUCAGUGAGGAACGGGUUUGUCCCCUUUAGGGAUUCCCCAACCCAUAUAUAUAUAUAUAUGUAUAUAUAUAUAUAUAUAUAUAUAUAUAUGUGUGUGUGUGUGUGUGUGUGUGUAUUGGGGGGCUUAUCUUCGUUUCGCCAUCCGCUCGUCUUACCCGCCCUUUAACCCGGUCCUUUGGAUCCUGAGCGGAGCUAGGUUGCGAUUGUGAUGGGAAACGGGUUUAUUUUUUGAGGAUUCCCCGGUGCCCCUCUUUUUUUCUUUUUUAUUAUUAUUUUUUUUUAGGGGCCUUUGAAUAUGAUGAUGGCACCGUACCAGGGGGUCAGUGGCUAUAUAAAAGUGUCAGCGCUGGGAUCCGAUCUGAAAGAAUAAAUCAACGGUCCUCAUCCACGAGGAGCGGAGACGAGGCCGGUCUUCAAAUGUGAUGAUGGCACCGUACCAGGGGGUCGGUGGCCAUAUGAUGAUGUCAGCACUGGGGGCCAAUCUGAAAGACUCAAUAAACGGUCCUCAUCCGUGAGGAGCGGGGACGAGGCCGGUCUACAUGUAUGAUAAUGGCACCGUACCAAGGGGUCGGUGGCCACGAGAUGAUAUCGGCAUUGGGGGCCGAUCUGAAAGAAUCAAUCAACGGUCCUCAUCCACGAGGAGCGGGGACGAGGCCGGUCUUCAAAUAUGAUAAUGGCACCGUACCAGGAGGUCACUGCCCAUGAAAUGAUGUUAGCACUGGGGGCCAAUCCAAAAUAAUCAAUCAAAGGUCCUCAUCCGCGAGGAGCGGGGAUGAGGCCGGUCUUCAAAUAUGAUAAUGGCACCGUACCAGGGGGUCGGUGGCCAUGAAAUGAUGUCGGUACUAGGGCCGAUCUGAAAUGAUUAAUCAACGGUCCUCAUCCUUGCGAGGAGCGGGGACGAGGCCGGUCUUCAAGUAGGUGAAUCCACCAAUAUUCGUGCAACGAUCCUCAUCCGCGCGAGGCAGGGAGGAAUCUGGUCUUCGGGAGAUAAACACAUCACGAUGGGGGCCGGUCGUCAUCCGAGAUUAUGGCCCACGUGCGACUUGUGAUUUUUUUUUUAGUCGGCCUUGAAUGUCUUCGGGAUUCAUGCCAAGCAUCAUUUAACCGCUUUGUUCGAACGUGUCGAGUGGCUUCAACUGCAAAAAGAGCAUGGUAACAGGGCUGCACGGCCCAACAAUAUAUGUACACAUAUAAAUAACCAUAUGCGCACACCCUUCUUUUUUUCAACGACUACGAUUACCGGCCUGCAGGUUACCGUGAGCUUCGGCUCGACUCAUCGUGCGGGGUUCUUUGAUGCAAACGUCCAUGGCAGGGCCACUUAGUGGGUUGCCGAACGUCACAUAGAAACAACUAUCAGUCCAUGAAAUUGUAAAUUCAACCCCACGUUAGGUGCAUUUUCUCCUAAAGGUUAAGCGCCUCGGUGACCUCGGGCCCCGCGGGCCACGACUGGCAAACCGUCACCUCACGCUUGGCGGCGUGGAUGAGACUGAGGUACGAUCAUCGGCUGAGCACUUGGUGCUGUGUGGGAUCAUGUGUACCCUAAAAAGAAACGCGUCAUUGGGGCAAUGCCAGUCGGAGACACUCCUAUUGCCAAUUAAAGCUGAUCGAGAGUAGGCCAACGAGCCCACUAAAACAGUCCUUAUACUGAAAUAAUGAUGGAAUAAGAUAUCCCUGGAGCUUCGCUCGCCAUUAUUUAAUUUCGGGAUAUUUUGAUCCUUAAUAAAAAAUAUUGUCAUAAUAGGUAAUAGUAACUACACUAUUCUACCAGAUGUCAUUCAGGUACGGUCCGAUCGCUUAUUAAAACCGAUCGGGGUGGGGCCACAAGCCAACCAACACAACCAUUUGGUUCGAUCAUUAUUUAGUUCACGAUAUUUUAUUCCCUAAUAAAUAAUGGUGAUAACAAAUAAACAUAGUAAUAAUACUACACCAUAGCAUCGAUAAUUAAAUGUACCAAUUUAGAGUAUGGGUACUUAGCUUUUAUGAGAAGGACGUUUGGCCAGCAAUUAUCGAGGCGCAGUGACCCCAUCAAUUUUGACUAAGUCAAAAUUCCUCAAAGGACUGGUCGCUCUUCAUUUGGCCUUAUCCCCACGAUGUUGUACGGCUCUAGCAAGAGAGCAUCCCAUCAGGCGUUAUUGCUAGACUUGCGAGCUGAGCCCUGGACCGCCAUUAAUGGCGGAAAUCCACCAGGCUCAAGGUUCACCUGCGAUGGAGGGAGAGCUACGCCAGGCGAUGGUGCUGCAGGAGUAGAAAAGAGGCAAGCUGAGACCGGCGACCGACGAAGUGGGUGAGCGAUUGCGGCGGAGGAGAAGGCUGUCAGGGCCUAGUCUUUCUGAGUACGAUUUCUCUUAAAUAUAUAUUUUGGACUGUUUUAUAUUUCUGGGUCUAUUGGACUGUUUAUUUAUUUUAAGCCUGUUAGUGUUAGAAAUUAAACUUGGCUUAGCCCAAUAAUUGGGUUCAUUAGAUGUUAACUUAUUGGGCUAGAAGUUGUAUGAUAAUUAAUAAAUUAGCUAGCCCAUAAGAUAGACUUAGAAAGAUCUAGAGUAGUUAAUGUACCUAAACAAUUCUAGAUUAUUCCUAAGCUAGAAUCCUAUAGAAUAUUCUAGAAGGUUAAGGAAGUAGGAGUGCCUAGAAGGAUCCUAUGAGACCUAUAAAUAGAGCACUCCUCACUCAUUUGUAAAGCAAGCCAAAAGCUCCAAAUCAAUACAAGUUCCAAGUUCUUCUAAAAUCACCUCUCUCUAAAAUUCUCUCUUCCACACACAAUCACCCAAAUAUAAUACUCAUCAACUACUUUCUUCCAACAAAGUGGUAUCAGAGCCAUCAAUCCUUUCAAGAAAAAUGAAUUCCAACGGCUUAGUUCCAUUCCAAUUUCCUCGUCUCACUAAAGAUAACUACUCUAGUUGGUGCAUUCGCAUGAAAGCCUUGCUUGGAUCUCAAGAUGCAUGGGAGAUUGUUGAGAAAGGUUAUGAGGAACCUCAAGAUGAUGCUACUUUAAAUCAAUCCCAAAGGGAUAGUUUCCAAAAGAGUAGGAGGAAGGAUCAACAAGCUCUCACUCUCAUAUAUCAAUGCUUAGACGAGGCCAUGUUCGAGAAGGUUUCAAAUGCCACCACUUCUAAAGAAGCAUGGGAGAUACUACAUAACUCUUUCAAGGGAGUUGACAAGGUGAAGAGAAUUCGUCUUCAAACUCUUAGAGGUGAGUUCGAACAACUUAAAAUGAAAUAUUCGGAAUCAAUAUCCGACUAUUUCUCUAGAGUGUUAGUAAUUGUAAAUGAGAUGAAGAGGAAUGGUGAGGAACUAAAGGACAUAACGGUGAUUGAGAAAAUCCUUCGCUCUCUCACCAAAGACUAUGAUUAUAUUGUGGUGGCCAUAGAAGAGUCCAAGGAUUUAGAGUCCAUGACCAUUGAUCAACUUAUGGGCUCACUUCAAGUCCAUGAAGAAAGAGUUGUGAGAAAUAAAUCUGAUGAAUCAUUGGAGCAUUCUCUUUACUCCAAACUCUCUUUUAAAGAAAGAGGAGAGAAUAGAGGUGAAGAAAGAGGCCAACGAGGUCGUGGUUAUGAUCGAGGACGUGGUGCACGUGGAAGAGGUGGUCGAGGUCGUGGUUAUACAAACUUCAACAAUGAAGAAAGAAUUCAAUAUACGCAAGCAUCUAGAGGCCGUGGGAGAGGAAGCAAACCACAAAGGUACGAGAAGUCUCAACUAAAGUGUCAUAAUUGCAAUAAAUAUGGCCACUAUGCAUAUGAAUGCAAGCGCUCUAAUCAUGUGAAAGAAGAGGCCCAUCUUAUGGAGAUGAAUAAUGAGGUAGAACUUACCUUGUUGAUGGCAAAUCAUGAAGAACAAACAAAGAAGAGCACGUGGUAUUUAGAUACCGGAGCUAGCAACCACAUGACGGGAGAUAAAAGCAUGUUCGUGAAGGUAGAACAAACUCAAGGUCAUGUUACUUUUGGAGAUGAGUCUAAAGUCGUGGUGAAUGGUAAAGGUAACGUUCUAAUCCGUCUAAACGAUGGAAGUCACCAAUUCAUUUCCGAUGUUUACUAUGUGCCCAACUUAAAAACAAAUAUUCUAAGUAUGGGACAACUCUUAGAAAAGGACUAUGAUAUUCACUUAAAGAAUCGUAGUCUUUCUCUACGAGACAAUAAUGGAAGACUAGUUGCUAAAGUGCCGAUGACUAGAAACCGAAUGUUCUUGCUUGACAUUCAAAGAGAUCAAGCCAUAUGCUUAAAAAGUUGCUUGAAAGAUGAGUCAUGGAUUUGGCACUUAAGAUAUGGGCACUUAAACUUUGGUGGCUUGAAAAUGCUAUCAUUCAAAGGCAUGGUGAAAGGCUUGCCCUUCAUCAAUCAUCCUGAUCAGCUAUGCGAAGGUUGCCUAUUUGGGAAGCAAUCAAGGAAACCAUUCCCUAAAGAAGUUACCUCAAGAGCUAAGGAACCAUUGGAGUUAGUCCAUACCGACUUAUGUGGUCCUAUUACUCCAUGUUCACAUGGUAAAAGUAAGUACUUUCUCACUUUCAUCGAUGAUUACUCAAGAAAAACAUGGGUAUAUUUCCUUAAACAAAAAUCUGAGGCCUUUGAAGCAUUCAAGAAAUUUAAAGCUCUUAUUUAGAAAGAAAGUGGGUACAGUAUCAAAGCCAUGAGAUCAGAUCGGGGUGGGGAGUUCACAUCAAAGGAGUUUAAUCAAUUUUGUGAAGAUAAUGGCAUCCGCCGUCCCAUGACUGUCCCACGAACACCACAACAAAAUGGUGUUGCCGAAAGAAAGAAUAGGACGAUCCUCAACAUGGCUCGAAGCAUGCUAAAAACAAAGAAUAUGCCUAAAGAUUUUUGGGCUGAAGCUGUGGAUUGUGCUGUCUAUCUUCAAAAUCGCUGCCCCACGAAGAGUCUCGAUGGAAAAACUCCACAAGAAGCAUGGCAUGGAGGUAAACCUGGAGUCUCACACUUGAGAGUAUUUGGAUGCAUUGCAUAUGCGCAUGUACCCGAUCAGACUAGGUCAAAACUUGACGACAAGAGUGAGAAGUUUAUAUUCAUUGGAUAUGAUAAACACUCAAAAGGGUACAAACUCUACAAUCCGGAUUUGAAAAAGCUUAUAAUAAGUCGUGAUGUGGAGUUUGAUGAAGAAGGCUCAUGGGAUUGGAGCAUUGGUGACAAAGAAGAUUAUAGUCUCUUGCCUCCCAUGGAAUAUGAAGAAGAAGUUGAAGAAAAUCAUGAAAAUACAACUCCUCCACCAUCUCCCACUCAAGCUCAAGCUUCAUCACCAAGUUCGGAUGAAAGAGAAAUACCACGCAUGAGAAGCAUUGAAGAACUUUACGAGGUAACACAAAAUUUGAACUCAAAUGAUGAACUUACACUCUUUUGUCUAUUUGGUGAUUGUGAGCCACUAAGUUUUCAAGAAGCCACAAGAAACAAGAAAUGGAGAGAUGCAAUGGAUGACGAGAUCAAGUCAAUCGUGAAGAAUAAAACAUGGGAGCUUGCCACACUUCCACCAAAACAUAAAGCAAUUGGAGUGAAAUGGGUAUUUAAGAUCAAGAAAAAUGCAAAAGGAGAAGUUGAGAAGUACAAGGCAAGACUAGUGGCCAAAGGCUACGCCCAGAGACAUGGCAUUGAUUAUGAAGAAGUAUUUGCGCCCGUGGCUAGAUUAGAAACAAUAAGAUUGAUAAUUGCAUUCGCGGCUCACAACAAGUGGAAGAUACAUCAAAUGGAUGUCAAGUCUGCAUUCUUAAAUGGGUUCCUAGAAGAAGAAGUCUACAUUGAGCAACCCGAAGGUUACAAAGUCAAAGGGCAAGAAGGUAAAGUGUUGAGGCUAAGUAAGGCUCUUUAUGGGCUUAAACAAGCACCAAGAGCAUGGAAUAGUAGAAUUGAUCAAUACUUCCAAGCUAAUGGAUUCGUGAAAUGUCCGCAAGAACAUGCUCUAUAUAUCAAGAAAAAUCAUCAAGGAGACAUACUGCUCGUGUGCAUAUAUGUGGACGACCUCAUCUUUACAGGCAAUAACAUGACGAUGUUUGAUGAAUUUAAACAAGUCAUGACAAAGGAGUUCGAGAUGACUGACAUUGGGCUUAUGAGUUACUAUCUUGGCAUCGAGGUGAAACAAAUGGAUGAUGGUAUAUUCAUCACUCAAGAAGGAUACACGAGAGAAGUACUCAAGAAGUUCAACAUGGAAGACUCUAAACCUGUAAGUACACCUGUUGAAAGUGGACUAAAACUAUCAAGGUAUGAUAAAGGAAAAUUGAUUGAUCCAACUUACUUUAAGAGUCUUGUGGGGAGCUUAAGAUACUUAACAUGUACAAGACCAGAUAUUCUCUUCGGUGUUGGACUUGUUAGUCGAUUCAUGGAGGCCCCCACAACAACUCAUUUGAAGGCUGCAAAAAGGAUUUUGCGGUAUCUUAAAGGCACCACCGAAUAUGGGUUGUUUUACUCUUCAUCUGAUGAGUUUAAGCUGGUUGGAUAUUCUGAUAGUGAUUGGGGUGGAGAUAUUGAUGACCGCAAGAGCACAACUGGGUUCGUAUUCUACAUGGGAAACACCGCUUUCACAUGGGUUUCAAAGAAGCAACCGAUCGUCACUCUAUCCACUUGUGAAGCCGAGUACGUUGCAGCAACAUCAAGUGUGUGUCAUGCAAUUUGGCUCCGCUACAUAUUGCAAGCUCUCAGCAUGUCUCAAGAAGAAGCAACAACAAUAUUUGUGGACAACAAGUCAGCUAUUGCAUUAGCAAAGAAUCCAGUGUUUCAUGAUCGAAGCAAGCACAUAGACACUCGAUAUCAUUUCAUUCGAGGAAAGAUAGCGGAGAAGGAAGUUCAAGUAGAGUAUGUGAAGACUCAAGACCAAGUCGCUGAUAUUCUCACAAAGCCACUCAAGCAUGAUGUCUUUGCAAAGAUGCGAAAUCUACUUGGUGUUGCUAAGUCAAGUUUAAGAGGGGAUGUUAGAAAUUAAACUUGGCUUAGCCCAAUAAUUGGGUCCAUUAGAUGUUAACUUAUUGGGCUAGAAGUUGUAUGAUAAUUAAUAAAUUAGCUAGCCCAUAAGAUAGACUUAGAAAGAUCUAGAGUAGUUAAUGUACCUAAACAAUUCUAGAUUAUUCCUAAGCUAGAAUCCUAUAGAAUAUUCUAGAAGGUUAAGGAAGUAGGAGUGCCUAGAAGGAUCCUAUGAGACCUAUAAAUAGAGCACUCCUCACUCAUUUGUAAAGCAAGCCAAAAGCUCCAAAUCAAUACAAGUUCCAAGUUCUUCUAAAAUCACCUCUCUCUAAAAUUCUCUCUUCCACACACAAUCACCCAAAUAUAAUACUCAUCAACUACUUUCUUCCAACAGUUAGCCCAUUAGUAUAAAUAUCAUUCCAACUCUGUAAUAGGUUUAGGUUUUCAAUAUUCUUCUUCUCCGCAAUCUAUCUUCAUAGAUUACGAAUUUGCUCUCUCUGUAAAUCGUUUGUUCUUGCUUCCAAUUCAGAUUUCAAUUUCUAUUAGAAUUCACAUGGUAUCAGAUUAAGGUUUAGAUCCUUACUGAUUAAAUCGAUUCUAUCGAUCUUCUUCCUAAUCGAUUUCUACAAUCGAUUCGUAUUUUUUUUCUCUCGUUUGCAUCUUCCGCAAACCCUAGCUUCGAUGGCACAGCAGAUAAAUCCCAUUGACGAUUCAUCUUCGCCUUACUACCUUCAUCCGGGCGAUCAUGCGGGACUUCGCAUCAUCUACGAAACCUUCACUGGCGAGAACUUUGGCGCUUGGAAGAAAUCGGUCACCAUGGCCAUGGCGGUGAAGAACAAGAUGGGUUUCCUUGAUGGAUCACUUGCUCAACCGACUACAGAUAACUCAAUGUACUCUCACUGGUAUCGUAUUAAUGCUCUUCUCUUAUCCUGGCUCAUAUACUCUAUUUCUCCCACUCUUAGAACUACCUUUCUCUCUUUUACCAAUGCUAAAGAUCUCUGGGAUGAGGUUCAACUUAGAUAUGGUAAAAUUGAUGGUCCUAGACUUUUCAACUUGAAAAAACCCUAGGAAAUCUUUCUCAAGGUUCCCGUACAAUCACUUAUUACUAUAAUUCCUUUAAAGAAAUCUGGGAUGAAUACUGUAAUUUCAGAAUCAUUCCUUCUUGUACUUGUGGCAAUUGCACUUGCAAUAUAUCUGAAACCUAUCAAAAAAUAAUCCAAAAAGAGUCUAUUCUGAAAUUUCUUGUUGGCCUCAAUGAAUCCUAUUCUAAUCUGCGUAGUCAGAUUCUUCUUAAUACUGAUAAAACCACUCUAUCUGGUAUUUACUCUAUUCUUCUUCAAGAAGAAUCUCAAAGAACUCUUCAGAUUUCUAUCUCUUUCACAAACUCUUUUUCAGAUUCUUAUGUAUCUGAAAAACUUAAUAAUGAUGCUACAGCUUUCUUUGUUAAGAAUUUUAAAAAGAAAAGUUCUAUUAUCUGCAAUCACUGUGGCUAUCAAGGUCACUCUUCUGAUAAAUGUUUCCAACUCAUUGGUUAUCCAACUAACUGGAAAGGCCCUAAAGGUCAAAGACUUGCUCAUGGUUUUAAACCUAAUCUCAAUUCCAAUAAAAAUCAUCAUGCUAAUUUAGCUGCCAACUCUACUGAACCUGAGUUAACUCCUACACAUUAUACUGAAUCUGCUCCACCUUCAAACAACCCCAAUUCUACCACCACUGAAUUCUGUGAUCCAAACUUGUAUGAAAAGUUCAUGCAAUUCAUCCAAGCUCAACAGCCUAAAACUGCUUCUGUUAAUGCUGUCACCACUGCUUCUGAAGAUGGUCUUAAUUCUUCAAACAAUGCUUCACAAUUUCUAGGUAAAUACUUUGCUUUAGCAUCUUUUACUUCUUAUAAAUGAAUUCUUGACACAGGAGCAUCUGAUCAUAUGAUCUAUGAUGCUUCCCUUUAUACUUCUCAAACAAAAGAUGUUUCAAUUAAUAUUCAACUUCCUACUGGUAAAUACAUUUCUGCCACUAAAAUUGGUAACAUAACUUUAAAUUCAAAUCUUACUCUAUAUAAUGUUUUAUAUGUUCCUAACUUUACUUUCAAUCUUAUUUCUAUUUCAAGUUUAACUUGUCAUGAUAAUAUCUCAGUCUAUUUUUCAUCUAACCGUGCUAUAUUGCAGGACCACCUUACCAGCAAAAUGAUUGGCUUUGCUGAUCUAAGGAAUGGCCUCUAUUACUAUAAUCCAGAUUCAUUUUUAGAUCAUUUUUCUACUGCUUACUCUGUUGAUAGUCAAAAUACUGUCUCUAUUACUACUCUUUGGCAUUUUAGACUUGGACAUUUACCCUUUAAUAAACUUUUCAUGCUUCCUGAUUGUAAUGUUUCAAAUAAUGAAAAACAUUGUUCUCCUUGUGAUAUUUGUCAUUUUGCUAAACAAAAGAAACUGCCUUUUCCUAUCAGUACUGCUCAUGCUUCUAAUCCUUUUGAUUUAAUUCAUAUGGAUGUUUGGGGUCCUUACAAAGUUACUUCUUACACUGGCUUCAAAUAUUUUUUAACUAUUCUUGAUGAUUACACUAGAUGUACUUGGGUUUUUCUUUUAAAAACUAAAUCUGAAGUCAAAUUUCAUAUGCUAAAUUUUUAUACUUUCAUUGAAACUCAAUUUCAUAAGAAAAUUAAAGUUAUUAGAACAGAUAAUGGAACUGAAUUUAUCUUUCCUGAAUUUUACAAUUCAAAAGGGAUUAUGCAUCAACUAUCUUGUGUUGAAACACCUCAACAAAAUGGUAGGGUUGAAAGAAAACAUCAACAUAUUUUACAAAUUGCUAGAGCUCUUUUAUUUCAAUCCUGUUUACCUCUUACUUUUUGGUCUGAUUGCAUUCUUACUGCUGUGCAUACCAUAAAUAGACUGCCAACUAAUAUUCUAAAUAAUAAAUCUCCUUUUGAAAUGCUUUAUAAUCAUGUUCCAGAUUAUACUCAUUUAAAAGUCUUUGGUUGUUUAGCUUUUGCUUCAACUAUUUCUUCAAAUAGAUCAAAAUUUGAUUCUAGAGCACAUAAAUGUAUUUUCAUUGGUUAUCCUCUAGGCUCUAAAGGAUACAAAUUAUAUGAUUUAACCACUCAUAAAACUUUUGUUUCUAGAAAUGUUAAGUUCUAUGAAAUGACUUUUCCAUAUAAAACUACACAUUAUGACAACAUUUUUAUUUCUGAUUCUAUUGAAACAAAUAAUGAUCAUACUAUUAAUGAUUACUUAAACACUAUUUCUAAUACUGCUCCUCAAACUGUUAAUGAAAAUAAUAAUACACAUAUUGCUCCCACUAUCACAAAUUAUUUAGACAAUCAAAUAAAUGAAGAAUUUAAUUUGUUUCAGUUUGACAAUAUUAGUUCUAAUGCUGAUGAUUCUUCUAGUAUGUUACAUACAGAUACCUUUCAGAAUCAUGAAAAUGUUCCUGAAGACAGUACUCAAAGAAAAUCUACAAGAGUAAGAUCUAUCCAUAUUCAUUUAAGAAAUUUUGAUUACAAAUUACCCAAUUCUCUUCUUCCUAAUAAUUCUAAACCUUCUUGUAAUAUGAUUAGAUAUCCUAUUCAGAACUACAUCUCAUAUAACAAUUUACAUUCUUCUCAUCACUGUUUUAUUGCUUCUCUUUCUAAAACUUCUGAACCUAAAACUUACAAACAAGCUAUUAAUUUUCCAGAAUGGAAAAAUGCCAUGAAUGAUGAAAUUAAAGCUCUUGAACAUAAUAAUACCUGGACUCUUGUUGAUCUUCCUUCUAAUCAACAUACUAUUGGUUGUAAAUGGAUUUUCAAAACAAAAUUAAAAGCUGAUGGAUCUCUUGACAAAUAUAAAGCUAGACUUGUUGCUAAAGGCUAUACUCAAGAAGAAGGACUUGAUUAUUUUGAUACUUUUUCACCUGUUGUAAAGUUAACUACUGUUAGAAUUCUUCUUGCUAUUACCAGUUCUAAAAAUUGGCAUUUACAUCAAUUAGAUGUAAAUAAUGCAUUCUUACAUGGUGACUUAAAUGAAAAUAUUUACAUGGAACCUUCUCCUGGUUAUUUGCCUAACAAUGAUAAUAGUGUUUGUAAAUUACUUAAAAGUAUAUAUGGUCUAAAACAAGCCUCUAGACAAUGGUAUUUUAAACUGUCUGAAGCCUUGAAACUUUCUGGUUAUACACAGUCUCAAGCAGAUUUUUCUCUUUUCACUAAAGUUAAUAAUACCUCUUUUACUGUCAUAUUACUUUAUCUUGAUGAUUUAAUUCUUGCAGGAAAUGAUAUGAAUGAAAUUAAUGCUAUUAAAUCCUUCUUACAUCAAAAAUUUACUAUUAAAGACCUUGGAAAAUUGAAAUAUAUUUUAGGAAUAGAAAUUGCUAGAUCAAAAACUGGUAUUAUUCUAAACCAAAGAAAAUAUACUCUUGACAUACUCUCUGAUUUUGGUUAUCUUUCUUCAAAACCUUUUUCCACUCCUAUGGAUACUAAACUUAAACUUUCAAAACACAAUGGAACUGUUUUAAAUGAUCCUAAAACCUAUAGAACUCUAAUUGGUAGAUUAUUAUACCUUACUGUCACUAGACCUGAUAUUGCUUACUCUGUUCAAACAUUGAGUCAAUUUUUAUCCUCUCCUACUAAUAUUCAUAUGGCUGCAGCUCAUAGAGUACUUAGAUACCUUAAAAGCUCUCCAGGUAAAGGUCUGAUUUAUUCUUCCAAUUCUUCUUUUAAUAUCCAAGCCUAUACAGAUUCUGACUGGGGUUCUUGUGUUGACACCAGAAAAAGUAUUUCUGGGUAUUGUUUUUAUCUUGGAGAUUCCUUAAUUUCUUGGAAAUCCAAGAAACAACCUGAAAUCAGUAGAUCUUCUACUGAAGCAGAAUACAGGGCAGCUGCAAAUGCAGUUUGUGAGGCCCAAUGGAUAGUUUAUAUACUUCAUGAUUUACAAAUUAAAAAUUCUUUACCCAUAACCUUAUACACUGAUAACAAAUCUACUUAUCAUUUAGCAUACAAUCCUAUUCAACAUCAAAGAACAAAACAUAUUGAACUAGAUUGUCAUUUAAUUAGGGAAAAGAUCAAUUCUGGUCUUAUAAAACUUGAACAUAUCUCUAAUACUUAUCAACUUGCAGAUAUCUACACAAAGUCACUUGGAAAUCCUCUAUUCAAGCAGUUUGCAGACAAGAUGAACAGCAAGACAUCCAUGAUCAUCUUUAGGUUUUCAAUAUUCUUCUUCUCCGCAAUCUAUCUGCAUAGAUUACGAAUUUGCUCUCUCUAUUUUCAAGAGGAGCUUGGUUCGUGAGGUUCGGUUUAAAACCUCCAGCGGUGGUUUAUCGAAGCCUGGGGUGUCGAGGUGAACUUCCACCGGGUGCAGCGGACUCCAGCGGAACAGCCAGCUCCAGACCAGUACACGGCGGUAGGGGUGAUAGAUGCCUCCGGCUCCAGACUGGGAAAAAACCCAGAUUUCCCCAAAUCUAUUCAUUUUUCUUCCUUCUUUGCUGAAAUCCAGAUCUUCGUAUGAAUUUUUGGUUGUUCAAGCUCAAGAACACAUGAAUCUUUUUGAACAAGAUUCCCACAGACGGUGUCAGUGUUGAGUUUAAUCUAACACGAUAUAGUAAAUAUAGAUAUAAUUUGGUAUAAACACUCUGUUUUUACUUGGAAAUCUGGAAAGGAAGAAAACCACGGGACUGUUAAACUAAUGUCUGAGCCCUCUCAUUUUAUUAAUGCUCUUCUCACAAUUACAAUGUACAAGCUUCCAAUAAUGGAGUAUAAACUAGCUAAGGAGAUAGGGAGGAGGAGAAGGGAUCAAAGAGGGAUCCUUAAUAAGGAGGGGAGUCCUCCUAUUAAUAGAGGAAAGGGGAGGGUGCUCCACCCUAAUGGGCCAAGAGGCUAGAUGGGCCCGUUGGGCCAAGGUGGGCCGGAUGGCCAAAAAUGGGCCGAAACGAGCCUCACUGAUUGGGCUCCGUACCAAAUAAUGCCACGGGCUCCUGUACAGUGGUAGGUCGGGGUAAUAUAUCUCAACACAAGUCCUUUGAGCUUACAUUAAGACUAAAUACUAGAUUUCAUCGCACAUGAACAGUAUCACAAAUACAAAUCUGCGAUCUAAACCCAAAAAGCUACAAACAAAACAAUAAAUGAACUCAUAUUGAAAAUAUAGUGAUUAAAUACACACCAGAGCAGCCAAACAAGCAGGUGCGCAGGGCGCAACUGACGCAGGACGAGAGGAGUAAAUACACAUCGGAGCAGCCAAAUAUGCAAGGGCGUAGGACAAAUGGCGGAGGGAGAACGGAGGAGGGCGAAGGAUGCAGCCGGCGAAGAGCAGAUGGCGAAGUGAUCGUGAGAAUGAUGGACGAAGAAGUAAGGGUGCAUGAGGUCUUGAGAGUGAUUUGAGUUAUUUUUUAGAGAGAAAACCCUCAAAUAAAUACUCGUACUUUGGCUCAAGAUAAAAGUUAAAUAUGAAAUGUAAAUUAUCAAGGAACAUACAUGAAAUGCAUUUGGAAAAAAUGGGCUUAACCGGAUAUUUCCACUAAUUUUAAGUGAGAUAUGAACUUGGGCUCAUUAUACGUACCCGUUCAACGCCAUGUAUAGCGCGAGUAAUUGGAAGUUGGGAACAAUUGAGCGACCAAUGCGGUACGAAUUACUAUUACGGAGUAAUAGUUUAAUACACACAUCUCCAUCACACUAGAUCAACACAAUUGACCAUUUGAUACAGUAAGUUUUGAUUUCAUGAAUUAUUACCUGGAGUAUCUUGUUUUGACUUACCAUAAUUAUGAAAAAUGGUAAAAAGAAAAUAAAAGCGAAAUUCACAUAUAUUUCUUUGUUAAUAAAAAAGAAUUACUCCGUAUGACAUUUACCGUUUGUUUGCUAUUUAUUUUUCUAUUGGGUACUUUUAUUGUUGUAAGAUUCUUGCAUUAGGAGUGGAUGAUGGGAGGUCUGCUUUAAUCGGCGUUGGCUCAUUUAUGCUCGAUCAACGAGUCAUAUUGCUUUUUUGAAGGAGAUCAAUUCUAAGUCUGAUUCGAGGGUUGCUGGUUUCUGUCCUUUUGUCGUUUUACCCCUAUCCAAAAAAAUUGUGUAUCACUCCGAAUUUGAUUGACCAUAUUGAAAUCAAGCGCCAACUAGUGUGUAAGUCCUGUUUGAACUAUUAUACGUAGUAUAAUUAUCAUCUUGAAAAAUCGCUUCUAUAGCACGUGUAGUUCUUCUUCUUAUCAUUAAAAAAAUAAAUAUACUCCGUAAAGGAAAUUGCGGUGCAUCCAUCGUUUAAGCUGAUUGAUAUAUAUAAACUUCAAUAAAAUAGCAGUGUAUCAAGGAGACAAAGAGUACUCCUAUACAAAGAAAUAUUUACAACGUUAAUUGCAGAAUAUCCUUCACAACAUGCAUGUUGAAGCAGUGCUGGCCUGGCCGGAAAACAUCUAUUUUUAAAUACGGAGUAUAAUUAUAUAGUAUUCCCAAUGAAAUCCCCUUUCAUAAAUACUCCUAUAAUUAAGGAGUAUUUCAACUUAUUAUAAUUACAUAAUAAUAAGUUGGCCUUGCAAUUAAGUUGUUUAAUUAGUUUUAAUGAGAAAAAUACCUAUAUAUGAUUAAAAAAAUUGAUGACAACUCCUAAAAUAUAGGGUUAAUUAUCAAAAUAGGACUAAAAGUCACCCACUUUGCACAAAUAGGACCAAAACCUAAACUAUGUUUUCAUAGGACUAAUUAUGUGUGUUUUGGACAAAUAUACCCUUCUAGCUAUUGAAAUAUUUUAAUUCAUAAUAAAAUAAUAAAAAAUAAUAAAAAAAUCAUAAAAAAUACUAAAAAAAUAAUAAUAAUAUUUCGAUAUCAAUAAUUAAUUAAUUAAAUUUUUUUCAAAAAAUAAAAAAAAAUAAAAUAAAUAAAUAAAAAACUCAAAAAAAUAAAAUAAAAUUCACCGCCGCCUCUGCCGCCUCUGCACCACCACCUCCAGUCACCGGGAAAAAAAUGCCAAGUUCAUUACGAAUUCCAUAUUUAUGGCAGAAAAAAAUGAAAAUGUUGGCAUUCUCAAAGAGAAAUAUGCAAUGUUUUUGGAAUUUUCAGAAAAAAUGGCAGCUUUUAGGAAAAAUGACAUUUUUUCACCAUCCGGAGAUGGUGGUUCAAGGAGGUAGUACACGC